AUGGAUUUAGUUAACCAUCUAAGUGAUAAGCUUCUAUUUGCAAUUCCAAAGAAAGGCCGUUUAUAUGAGAAGAGUGUGUCUAUUUUGAAAGGAUCUGAUAUCAAGUUCCACAGGUCUGCGAGAUUGGACAUUGCCAUCUCUACGAAUAUGCCUGUGGCUCUAAUCUUCCUUCCAGCAGCCGAUAUUCCAAUGUUUGUUGGUGAAGGUAAGUGUGACUUAGGUAUUACUGGUGUGGACCAAGUUAGAGAGAGUGAGGUAGAUGUGAAUUUACCAAUCGAUCUUCAAUUCGGCUCUUGUAAGCUUCAGGUACAAGUUCCUGUGACUGGCCAAUAUACCGAUCCUAAGCAAUUGAUUGGUAAGACUAUUGUGUCAAGCUUUGUGAAGUUGACAAAGAAAUACUUUGCCGACCUAGAAGGCGUUCCUGAGUCAGAAAUGACGACAAGAGUCAGAUAUGUUGGUGGUUCCGUCGAGGCCUCAUGUGCGCUAGGUAUUGCUGAUGCAAUUGUAGAUUUGGUCGAGUCCGGUGAAACAAUGCGUGCUGCCGGGUUGACCGACAUUGCAACCGUUCUAGAAACCAGUGCCCACUUGAUAGAAUCAAAGAACCCAAAGGGUGAUGUAGAACUACUCAAGACUAUAAAAUCCAGAAUCGAAGGUGUCAUGACAGCUCAAAAAUACGUCAGUUGUAGUUACAACGCCCCAGAAAGCAAGCUUUCCGAACUACUCAAGAUUACUCCAGGCAGAAGAGCCCCAACCAUCUCUCAAAUUAACGAUGAAGGCUGGGUUGCUGUAUCUGCAAUGAUAGAAAGAAAGAGCAAAGGUGACAUUAUGGAUGCUUUGAAGAAACGUGGUGCAGAAGACAUCAUGGUCUUUGAAAUCUCUAACUGCCGUGUCUAA